AUUUCUAUUUUGUCUGUGAUUUUCCGUGACCCUGACCGUAUUUGUUGAUUUUCAUGCAUUUAUACCGAUAAUAAAAUAAACAGAGCAGUCUUAAUCAUGUAUAGAAUCAUAGAAUAAUUUACAAAUCGAUAAAAUGAGUGUUAAAAAAGGUAAGGGUCCCAUUUACGACCCAGGCUUGUGUCGAUGUUGUGGCAUCAUGAAGAAAUGCCGCGUCUUGAAUGUGGAAUAUGACUUCAUGGGCGUUAAAGAAGUAUACUCCGACAUCAUGGUUGAUUGCUUCGGCCUUUUGCUAUCUCACUUAGAAGGCAAGCCAACGGAGCGUUUAGUUUGUGCGACGUGUGUGAUGAGGUUACGUGAUGCACACAGCUUCAGGCAGCAAGUAAUACGUUGUGAGGAGGCAUUUCUACAAAUACGGAUGUCUGAAGAUCCUCAAAAGAGUGAAUCAUAUUCAGGGAUUAAAGUAACGGUGGUGAAAGAAGAGGUAUAUGAGCCCCAACCUUGCUCACCAACAUCCCCUACUGGUGAUACUGCUGAUACAGCUGAUGAUAACCACUUAAAUUAUGCAUCAUCAGAUGAUGACAGACCACUUUUAUUGAAGAGGAAAUCUGAAGAUAUAAAUAGUAAAGCAGAAAUAAACAAUCAACCAAUUGACAAUAUAAAGAAAGUGAAAUUAGAUCAAAAGGAUGUACCAACUGUAAAGAUGAUCAACAAAAGACUACCAAUGUCUAAAGUCCAGCAAUUAAUGCGUGAAAGAGACCCAUCGUAUAAAAUAGAGACAAAUAUAUUAACAAUAGUGGAGAAUUCAUAUGUUUGUCCGUUCAAAUGUAGACAUAAUAAUUUACUAUGUUAUUAUUGUGGUGAAUUCUUUCAUGAUCCACAACUUUUAAGGCAACAUACUGCGGAAGUCCAUCAUCCGAGGAAAUUCAAAGUUUGCAACCACAGAAAUAUAAUGGUCAAAUUAGACAUGACAAGAAUAGAUUGUAGAUUAUGUGAUGUGAAAAUCGAUACUUUAGAUGAUUUUAAAUUGCAUAUAACAGAUGUGCAUAAUAAAAUAUUCUAUUUAGAUAUAAAAGAUGUUGUGUUGCCGUUCCGUCUGUCUAAAGAUGAGUUGAAAUGUGCUAAAUGUGAUAUGGUUUUUCCGUAUUUUCAUGCUUUGAACAAACAUAUGAAUCAACAUUAUAAUAAUUUUGUAUGUGAGACUUGUGGGUUAGGGUUUGUUGAUAAGGGUAGGUUGGGGAUGCAUCAACUGCGUCAUGAAAUUGGUGAUUUUCCAUGUGAGAUAUGUGGGAAAGUUUUCAAAUCGGACCAGAAUAAGGAAAUACAUAUAGACAGGGUACAUAGGAAGCGUGCUAGAGUUUUCUGCCCCAAAUGUGAUGUGAGAUUGAUGACCCAUCAACAGAAGUUGAAGCAUUUAGUUGAAGUGCACGGGGAGGAGCCGUUGAGUUUUCCAUGUAAUUUGUGUGACAAAGUCUUCGAUGCGAGACGUACACUUACAACCCAUAGGAGGAAAGAACAUCUGAGGGACUUCAGAUAUGAAUGUAGUUACUGCGGACACAAGUUCUUCACGAAGUUUGCUCUCAACAAUCAUUUGCCAACUCACACCGGGGAGAGAAACUUCAAGUGUAAAGUGUGUGAGAAAUCUUAUCCUCGUAUGAAAACUUUGAAAGACCAUAUGCGGAUACAUACGAACGACAGACGAUAUCGAUGUCACGUUUGUGGUCUAGCUUUCAUACAAAAUUGUAGCCUUAAAGGGCAUAUGAAAAGUCAACAUCCAGAAUAUGGAUAAAGAGAGUUUAUCCAGAAUAAGACUAUCCCAGAUAAUGUUACUCCGAACCAUAAGUUAGUUAGAAUUUGAAAGAGUUUAAAAAUAUAUAUAGAGGAGGCUUAGUUGACACUUCACAUGAGAUAUUUACAUACAAUAU